AUGGACAAAUUCAAGAUCCUUGAGGACAAAAUUAAGCGACUCGAAAAUGAGCGGCCUUUCCCAGAUGCUCUAGACGACUCGACUUCAAGCGAGAACAAGCACAUAGACGAAGGCGAACAGACAUCUCCAACCAAUGAUGUCUCAACCUAUGCCAUCAUCGGGGCAGCAGAGUCAGACAGUAGCAUGGGCACUUUCUUUGGCAGCUCUAGUGCCGGAACUUUCAUGCGCACUGUACAAAAAAUCGUGAAGCAGAAGCUGGAGGGAGACUUGUGGUCUUCAGCAUCUGCUUUCAACGCUACGCAUGAUACUUGCCCUCGGCUGAUACCUGAUUUUGAGACUACGAAGCAAUCACUCGACUAUGUCCUACCACCGCGACAUGAAGCCGACAGUUUGAUGACCUUGUACUGGAAUCAUAUGCAUCCAUUCAGCCCAUUUCUAGACAAGGAACAGUUUCAAGCCGACUAUGAUGAUUUAUGGAGAGCCAGAGAUUCGCACGCUCUGGCAGAAUCUUUCAUGUGUCUUCUUCACAUCAUUUUAGCAUUGUCCAGCCAAAUUGACAUAUCAGUCCCGUUGGAUAGUCGAGCAGCACUAGCCACUAAGUAUUAUGAAAAAGCAAGGAGGCUAAUGCAUAUCCUUGAGGUGGGCUCGAUCCGCUCUGUCCAGUCCUACCUGUUGCUAGGACAAUACUUUCUUAGUACACAGCAAUCCCAUCAUACCUGGCUUUAUGUUGGACUCGCCAUUCGCACCGCACAGAGCUUAGGACUCCAUUUGCCUGGCACAAGUGAAUUAGUAUGCGAUAGCAGAACCAGGGAGCUACUACGAAGAGUUUGGCACGGUUGCAUUCUGAUUGACAGAAUAUCAUCUACUGCUUAUGGUAGGCCUUGCAUGAUUGGGGCAUGGGCAGCAGAUGGAGUACCGCGCCCUGAAGCUUUCGGAUCCGAAUGGGUGCCCAGUUCUCUUAAUAGCAAGUAUAAUCUCAAAACUUCGAAACGACCCUCGUUGGUGGACUUUAGCACUUGUUUCCUCGACCUUGCAGAGAUCUUACACGACGUGAUCCUGCAUUUUCACUAUGGUAACAAACAACAGAAUCAAGCAGCAGUCACAGGGGGGACUUCUAUUACCUCUACAGCAUUCAGUGCUUAUGUGCCUAUCCUCGACUUGGAAGGACGCUUGCAGAGAUGGGAGGAGAGCAUUCCUCCCCAUCUCUGCGUUGGAAGCCGGCCUGGAAAACUAGGAAUUGAAGCCAUGCUUUACCGGCAAGCUGUUGUCCUACAACAAUGGAGCCUAUAUGUUCGAAUAUUGUUGUUUAGGCCCAUCUUGUCGGAGUUGAUUAUUAAUGAUCUUCGCAAGGAGAACUACAGCAAGUUCUUCAAAAGCAGACUGACUUACAGCAUCAACGUUCAAUGUUCAAUCGACUGCGUGAGAGCUGCACAACGGUCCAUCGACCUACUAUACUCUGAGAAAGCCGUCCUUGGUGGAGAGAUAGGUUUUGUUGCACCUUGGUGGUACAAUAUACUGUUUCUGUACAAAUCUGCGACCAUUCUGAUAGCUGCACGUCUGAGCCCAUCUAUCCUCGCGGACGUAGCAGAAGACUCGAUCGCUGCGACGUGGUCCAGGGCAGUAGAGCUGAUCAGUAAUUAUGGCCGCUAUAGCAAGUCAAUACAGCGACUACUCACUACAUUGCUUGUGCUGGCCGAUGCUGUGGCUUCUCAAUAUUCGAAGAACUUCCAAAGGCCACAAUCUUACGAUAAUAUGUUAUACCCUCUACCUGCGGAGGCGCUCAGUCAUAACAUGGAAUUCUCAACGGAAGAACAGUUCAUGAGCGCUACUUACUUUCCGCAAGUCGAUCCGCCGGAUCCCUGGAUCUCUCGAGCCUCUAACGGCCGAGGAGAUGGAGAAAACCCCAUCCCGACAGCAGCAGAUUUCAAUGCGGCUUUCGAUCCAAAUGAUUUGUCCUGGUUGAAUAUCGUCUUUCAGUAG